AUGCCCUUACCAUCCCGCAUCCUCACCUUUCUCUCAUCUUUCCCCGUCUCCGCCCUCCAUUUCUCCCUCACAUUCCAUUCUCAAAUGUGCCAGUAUCGAGUGGGGAACACGUACAUGCGGUCGCGCAUGCAAAUGGAGAACACCAAGGGGCGCGAGGGAAUCGAGGUGAUCGCAAGCGAGCCGUUUAAAGACGACGUCUUGGGCGAGGGGCACUUCUCGCACGUCGUCUAUCACUUCCAAAGCCGUGCGCCCGCGUGGAUCCGCGCGCUCGCUCCGGUCGAGGCGCUGCGGCUCGAAGAAAAGAACUGGAACGCGUUUCCCCGAUGCCGUACGGAGAUUAGCUGCCCGUACUUCUCCAACUACAAGAUCACCACCGACUCGUUUCACGUCGCCGACCGUGGCGAAUCCGAGAACGCGUUGAAGCUGUCGGAUGCUGAGCUGGAGCUGCGCAAGGUGGAUCACGUGGACAUCGCGUCGGCCGACAGGGACAUGUGGUCGCGGACCAUCGCGCGGAAGCGCACCGACCCCUCCAAGAUCGCCCUGCUGAAACUCAACCGCGGGCCUCUCGCCCCCGGGUGGCAGGCGCAACGCGCGCUUUAUCUGGAGGCGCACAGGAAGUGCUAUGGGUGGGCGGACGAUUGGUGCUCAUUGACUGUGGCUGAUGCACGGCGGAUAGAGCAGGAGAACAUUGACAAAAUGCGAAAGAGCCUUUCCUUGAGUGACCGCUUUGACGAAGAAGCUUUUAGCGAGUCAACAGAGGAUGCCGAGGAAGUGGAGGAGGAGGAAGAAGAAGAGGGCAUGUUCAACUCGGUGGCAGCCCUGCCUGCCGUUGCUUCUUAUCACGUGGGGCACACGUACAUGCGGUCGCGCAUGCAGAUGGAGAACACCAAGGGGCGCGAGGGCGUAGAGGUGAUCGCCAGCGAGCCGUUCAAAGACGACGUCUUGGGCGAGGGGCACUUUUCGCACGUCGUGCACCACUUUCAGGGCCGCGCGCCCGCGUGGAUUCGCGCGCUCGCGCCGCUCAAGGCGCUGCGGCUCGAGGAGAAGAACUGGAACGCGUACCCGCGCAGCCGCAUGGAGCUCAGCUGCCCGUAUUUCACCAACUUCAAGAUAGUCGUCGACACAUAUCACCUCGCCGACCGAGGCGACACGGAGAACGCGCUGAAUCUCCCAAAAGCUGACCUGGCGCUGCGCAAGGUGGACCACGUGGACAUCGCGUCGGCCGACAGGGACAUGUGGUCGCGAAUCAUCGCACGGAAGCGCACCGACCCCUCCAAGAUCGCCCUGCUUAAACUCAACCGCGGCCCGCUCGCCCCCGGAUGGCAGGCGCACCGUGCUCUUUACUUGGAGGCAUACAGGAAGUGCUACGCUUGGGCGGACGAGUGGUGCGAGAUGACUGUGGCGGACGCGCGCCGGAUCGAGCAGGAAAACAUCGACAGAAUGCGAAAGAGCCUUUCCUUGAGCGACGGCUUGGAUGAGGAAGCUUUCAGUGAUGCAGUGGAGGAUGCAGUGGAGGGGGAGGAGGAACGAGAGGAAGAGGGCGUGUUCAAGUCAGUAACAGCUUUACCUGCUGUUGCUCCGGUGGCCGCAUGA